AUGAAGGGCGAACAUCGUGGCGAGGCGUACCUGGCGGUGAACAGCACGGGAAAGCUCCCCUUCCUCAAGGAAGGCGACUUCGGUUUGCCGGAAGCCGGGGCCAUCCUUGCCUACCUCGCCGACACCCAGCCCGGCAUUCCCGAGCACUGGUACCCCAAGGAUGCGAGGGCACGUGCGCGGGUGAACUCCGCACUGACGUGGCACGGGUCUACGCUGCGCAAUGGCAGCGUGACGCUGCUGUCCACCCACGUCCUCGAACCGGUGAUGGGCGCCCCUGCCCGUGAGGAGGUCACCCAGCAGCACGCCCUGCCCACCCUCAAGGCGGCACUCAAGGACCUGGAGACCUACUGGCUGGCUGCCACAGACUACGUGGCGGGGGAGCAGGUGUCCAUCGCCGACCUCCUGCUGGCCACGGAGGUCGAGGAGCUGCGGCUCCAGGACUUUGGUGGAAAGGAACCCGGCUAUGAGUCCCUUUUGGCCGAUUAUCCGAAAGUGAGGGCGUGGCUGGCGCGGCUUGCCAGUGAGCUGGGGAGUGCCUACACUCGUCUGCACGAUGCCAUCCCCGUGGCUGGGGCGAAGAUCCUGAAGGCCAUCAAGGACAAGAACCAACCCCUUGAUGUUGACGCCAUCGACUCUAUUGUGUGA